CCCUGUGUGCGUAGCGUGUUGUAAGUGAAAGCGGUGAGGAACUGAGAUUUUUCUGUCAGGUGUCACUGAGGCGUUCUGGCACUUUAAUGAGAGAUGGGCGGCGCUCUUUGCAUUUUACAGCCGUGUUUAAGAGUUUCAGCCGACUCGUGUGUCAGCACUCUCAUUACUCUGAAAGGCCGAGGCAGGAGGCGCUCUGGGCGGCGCUGAUGGAGCUCUAACUCCGCGCUGCGCUUGUGGGGCUCCUUUUUUUUUUUUUUUACACAGGCAUCAGACAUGGCGAUGAUAACGUGUCGAGUUCAGUAUCUUGAGGAUACGGAUCCGUUCGUGUGCACUAAUUUCCCUGAGCCUCGGAGACCUCCUCACUACGACUUCAGCGAGGUGGUGCCGCUCAACCUGCAGAUAGCCGGCGUUCAGAAACAGCUGCAGGCUCCUCUCAAGUUAGAAGAGUGUACACUGCAGGUGGCUACUAAUGGAAACUACCUGGAUCUGGAGUCCUCACUGGCAGAGCAGAAGGAUGAACUGGAGCAGUUCUACGAUGAUUUGGCCAUUGGCAAAAAGCCCAUUUUGAUCCUCCGAACCCAGCUGUCCGUGCGUGUCCACUCCAUCCUGGAGAAGCUGUAUAACUCCCACGGGCCUGAACUGCGUCGUUCACUCUUCUCAUUAAAGCAACUGUUUCAGGAUGAUAAGGACCUGGUACCGGAGUUUGUGAAUUCUGAUGGAUUAACCUGUUUUAUAAAAGUGGGCGUGGAGGCAGACCACAACUACCAGAACUACAUUCUUCGAGCUUUGAGUCAAAUCAUGUUGUUCGUGGACGGGAUGAAUGGAGUUAUAAACCAUAACGAGACGGUACAGUGGCUCUACACCCUUUGUGGCAGCCUGUCUCGGCUGGUGGUGAAGACGGCUCUGAAGCUCCUCAUAGUGUUUGUUGAAUACACCGAGUCGAACAGCCCGUUGCUUAUCCAAGCUGUCAACGUGGUGGAUGGCAAAAGAGGUCUGAAGGCCUGGUCAUACUUGGUGGAUAUUUUAGAGGAGAAGAAUGGAUCAGAUACCGAGCUCCUGGUCUUCACCAUGUCCCUUAUUAACAAGACUCUAGCAGCUCUGCCUGACCAAGAUUCAUUCUACGAUGUGACCGAUUGCCUGGAGCAUCAGGAGAUGGAGCGCAUCAUGACGAAACAUAUGAACAGCAAAGGCAUUGACCCCGACCUCAAACAGCAGUUUACUAUAUACGAGAAUGCUUUGAAACACGAGGAUGGAGAUGUAGACGAAUCAUCUCCUCUUACCCGUAAGGAGCGGAGGAAAGCAACAAACAGCGAGCAGGAGGGCAGGAGGAGCCGAUGGUCCUCGGCACAGAGUCUUCAGGAUGUUCCACUCUCCUCCUCUUCAUUGCCUGCUUCUGCUGCUUCCUCCAUCAGUUCCACUACAGGUCCGAGUUGUACCACUUCUCCCACACUUUCAGGCACUCCAUCCUCCCCUUUCACCACUUCUCCCAUCUCCCUUGAUGUAGGAGGCACCUCAAGUGAAUCAGAGUCCAGCUCAUGUAGCUCAACUCCAGUAGUGCCCUCUGUUGUAAAUGAAACUCCAGCCAAUGAUGUCAAGGGACGCACUUUCAUUGGUCAGUACCUGGCUCAUAUGGGGAUUUCUAGGCGGAGGUUAAAAAAGGCGGGGUCCGUAACACAGGAGCCCUCCACUCCCCUAAAGAGCCCCAGCGUGUCUCCCGCAGACUCGCCUCCUCAGGAAAACCAGAGAGCACAGAACCACACUGAGGGAACAGGACGGAUUAACAUGGAGGAUAUUGUGAGUAAGGACCGGCCCAUACUCAGGAAGUAUGAAAACCAGUUUUUACGCCGUCUGGAGGUGGGGCAGUUGCAGAAGAGGAAUAGUAAAGAUGCGGCGUCUCUGAUCGAGAAAGUGUCUCUUGACCCAGACAUCUACUCUUGCUCUAUUGAAGAAGUGCAGCCGACCUCAGAAGGGACGGAUCAGAGGAAAGUUCAGGAGCCCCAGUCUCCAGGGGGAAACUCCAGCGUCUCCCUGAGCACCCUGGAGCAGCCAGCAGAACCACAAACAGCCCAACAUAAUGAACCAGCAGGGGGCAGUGUGCAUCAACACAGCACCCUUUCCAAUGACAGCAAGUUCAUGUUGGAAAUGCUUUAUGCAAAGUCGUCCACCUCCAGCAACACUGGGCCAUUGAAGAGCCCCAAUGUGGAGGAAAGCAGUCAGGAAGAUCUCAGUAUCCCUAGCCUGGCUGGUCGUGUCUCCAGUCUGCGAUCUCAUUCCUCCCAGUUCAGUGAGGAUACACCCAGGCGGGCAGAGCUGGAGGGGCUUGAGGGUAGUGCCCAUGCUGCUCGCACCAGACUGGCAGAGGAGCAGAAGAAACGGUUGCGCCCACAGUACAGCAUCGAUGCAGAGAUCCACUCUCGGACUCUUGAGAAGACGAUGAUGACGCCGCUGACCAGGAACACCAAGGACGCAUGGGAACAUUUGCAACCCAGCUCCAAAGAACUACGCAUUAAAGACCUGGACUUUUCUGACCUGUUGGAAGAGGAGGAUAUUGACGUCUUGGAUGUGGAUACUUUUGACACGGGCAUUGUUAACGGCAUUCCUCCACCUCCACCUCCAGGAUUGGGAUCUCUCCCUCCACCACCACCUCCUCCUCCACCACCUGGCUUUGGAGGAUCGGCUCCCCCUCCUCCACCACCACCACCUCCUCCAGUUCCUGGAGGGCUGUGUGGACCCCCUCCUCCACCACCUCCUCCAGGGAUGUCUUCUCUUUCUACAUCUCCAGGUGAAAGCCCAGCGUUUGUCAAGAAACGGAAGACAGUCAAGCUGUUCUGGAAGGAGCUCAAGCAGUCAGAGAGCCCGAGGAAGUGCAAGUUUGGCCGGGGAACUGUCUGGGCGUCGCUGGAUAAGGUUACGGUAGAUACAAACAAGCUGGAACAUUUGUUUGAGUCAAAGGCAAAGGACCUUCCUGUGGCAAAGAAGGGCCCUGAAGUAAAGAAGCUUGAAAUUCUUGUUCUUGAUCCAAAGAGAAGCAACGCCAUCAACAUCGGCAUGACUGUUUUACCUGCUGUACAUGUCAUUAAAUCUGCUAUAUUCAGCUUUGAUGAAUUUGCCAUCAACAAAGAGGGGAUUGAGAAAAUCCUGACCAUGCUACCUACAGAGGAGGAGAAGCAAAGGAUCCAGGAGGCUCAGCUAGCCAAUCCUGAUGUGCCUCUAGGUACAGCAGAGCAGUUUCUGCUCACUCUGUCCUCGAUCAGUGGCCUCGCAGCACGCCUGCAGCUCUGGGCUUUUAAACUCAACUAUGAGAGCUUGGAGAAGGAAAUAGCUGAACCCCUUUUCGACUUGAAGCACGGUAUGGAGCAACUCGCCAAGAACCAGACCUUCAAGCGUAUCCUAGCAACACUGUUGGCUAUUGGCAAUUUUCUCAAUGGCUCCAGUGCAAAAGGAUUUGAGCUGAGUUAUCUUGAGAAAGUGACUGAGGUGAAGGAUACUGUACACCGACAGUCUCUGCUGUAUCACUGCUGUAACUUUGUGGUUGAGAAAUUUCCAGACACAACAGACGUCUAUUCGGAAGUCUCUGCCAUCACUCGAUCUGCUAAAGUCGACUUCGAGCAGCUGUCCGACAACCUGGUUCAGCUGGAGAGGAAGUGUAAGACGUCCUGGGACAACCUGAAGGUAAUGGCCAAGCACGAGACCAAGCCUCAGAUGAAAAGCAAAUUGACAGAGUUCCUGAAAGACUGCACAGAAAGGAUCGUCAUUCUUAAAGUGGUGCACAGACGCAUCAUCAACAGGUUUCACUCAUUCCUCUUGUACCUGGGUCAGCCUUCCUACUCAGUCCGCGACAUUAAGAUAACUCACUUCUGUAGGAUCAUUAGUGAGUUCUCUCUGGAGUACCGCACCACGAGAGAGAGGGUCCUCACCCAAAAACGCAAGCGUGCAGCCCACCGUGAGCGCACCAAGACCCGCGGCAAACUCAUCACUGAGACGGAGAAAUUCUCUGGAGCUGUUCCAUCUAUUACCCAGGAGAGUCCUUCCCCAGUCUCCAUGGCAACAGAAGCUGAGCCAGCCCAAGAAGAACAUGAGAACAUGAAGAACCUUCUAACUGCCAAUGACGACCGUGGCAAACUGCGCAGAUCCCGCGCUAUACGAAAUUCUGCAGGUGUUCCAUCAGCGAUGGCUCCAGGUAAAGAGGACAGCGCAAGUUCACCGGAUGAUGCAACAGAUGAGAUCAUGGAUCGUCUGGUUAAGUCUGUUACUCAGAAUCCCACAGAGAGGCAGUCUAGUCCUAAAACGAGGAAACGAUCACGGCUGAACAGGAAAUCACUGCGGAGGACGUUGAAGAGUGGGCUGAGCUUGGAGGUGGUGCAGGCACUGAGUCUCCGAUGAGGGAACCAGAAAUAUUAAAGGACUAAUCAAGAAUUGGCUGUUGAGGGCUACAAGCUGCGGAUGCACUUCAUCUUCCUGUAAUGGAACAACGAAGAAACUCUUAAGACUUUCCACAGGAAAGCACAAACUAAUUAUGCUGUCCACUUGACCUAAUGGGUUUGUUUUUUGGGUUUUUUUGGAUACAUAAAGUAUUAAACUACGAGACAUGUUUAGUAACAUAAUUUAUAUACAACCCAAUGAUGAUGCACAUUUUAGUAGAAUAUAUUGUACAGGUUCGAGGGUUUGUUUUUUUUUUAUACUAUAUGUAGCACAUUCAAAGAAGAGAAAACUCGGGUGGUCAGAUCAUGACGCACUAUAGAUAUUAGAUAGAAGGGAAUUUUAUAAAAGUUGCUGUUUUUACACUGAACCAAGUUUUCAAGUCAUGAUUUCCAUGAUGAUGAUUUGUUCUAUCGAAUAAAACUAGGAUCCAGACUAUUUACAGUAGUAGCCACUUAUCUGGGCAAAGUCUUUCGGGCCAAGCUUUGACACUUGAUAGUUUUGUGGAUGCUACAGUACCUUGCAUUUUGGUUGUAAAUCCACAGAAGGCCACAUUGCACAUGUUAAGCGUCACGAUUCCACCAAAGCUGGUUCAUGUGUUGGUCAAUUUUAACUCUGCGUCACUGUUACGCCGGUUCAGUUCACGAGCUAUUUUCAAUUCAGCAAAAUGCUGUUUUGUUUUGUUUUUUAUGGUCACUGCUGCUUUUGCACAGGAGGUUGUAUGAGGAGUAUUCAGCUAGCUAGUUGUCCAUUAUGAUCACUCUGUCGUUAUGCUGUGUAAGAUUUUUUUUUAAUAGUUUUGUGACCUUAAAUUUUGAAAUAUAAUGCAUGUUUGCUUCAUCGUGAAUGUAUUACUGUAGGUGUGUGCCACUGUUAAGAGAUCCAGUCCUUACUCUUAACCACUGCAUGCACAUGUGUGCAAACUGCUUACUGCAGAUGCAAUUUUUUGGUGUGUGUGUGUGUGUGUGUGUGUGUUUGUGUGUGUGUGUGUGUGUGUGUGUGAGACCCUGAGUGCAGAUAAUAAAGCAUCUUAACAGAG